UGGUCGUGUUUUAAGUUUUUCGGAGGUUGGAGAUCGUAACGGUUUCCCUGUAUUCGUGUUUCUUGGAAUGGGUUGUGUACGUUACUUUAUUGCUUUUUUCGAUGAUCUCGCAGCAAGUUAUGGUCUAAGAUUAAUUUGUCCUGAUCGACCUGGUGUUGGACUAUCUGAUAAUGUAAAAGUUGAAGAACAACAAGUAUUAAAAUGGCCAGAGGUAAUCGAAGAAUUAUGUGACAUAAUGAGCAUCAAUAAAUUCUUUAUUAUGGCACAUAGUGCUGGUGCACCUUAUGCGCUUGCUUGUGCCUUGAAAAUGCCUGAACGAUUACAAGGCACCGUUUACCUCGUAUGUCCUUGGGUGAGCACAGCAAUUGCCAAUAAUUUCAAAUGGCUACGAUAUGUUCCAACUCCGAUCAUGAAAUUUACAAACACCGCUGGAAUAUCAUUACAACAAAUGCUUUACGGUCGACAACCAUACGCCACUAAACCAUCAUCACAUCGAAAUUCAGGGGCACUAGCAUCCCCAUUAUCAAGUCUCGAUAAGAAACAGCAAUUAGGCCUCGCUAUCUUAAAAGCUUCCUUCGCAGAAAAUCUUGCUGGUGCUAAUAAUGAUCUAUUAAUGUGUUUUGAACGACGCCAUGCUUUUGGUUUCUCUUAUACUGACGUAAAUCAUCCGGUGCACGUUUUCCAUGGUACAAAAGAUGAGCGGAUUCCUGUGUCGGCAGUCAAAUGGAUGGAAGACGAAAUGCCUCAGUGUAAAUUAACAUUGAUCACAGGUGGAAAACAUUCGUUGCUGCUACGUGCUGAAGUAGUUGACACGAUAUUCAAAUCGAUUGCUGUCCAAUUACACGUAGAAGAUGAAUAUGACGAUAAUGAGCUAAAUGUUAUUGACGGUGAUGAGCAAGUAAAACAACAAUCAAAGAAAUCAUCGAAUCGACGACGCAGUCUACCAUUAAAAAUCAGAAAUUCCAAAAGUCUUAAAUUUAAUUCGAGAAAGUCAACCGGAAAACUUAAAACACGACCACUUUUUAGACGAACACGUUGA